CAGGAAAACUAUCACGACGUACCGCUGCGUCUGGCGUCAUCUUAAUGACUCUUAUGCUAAGCGUGCCCUUAACCUUGUCCAAUUUUUCCUGUUAUUCUCCUGUUUGUAUAGACUCUUCUCAUUUCAUCAUGUCUCUUGCAGCAGAGGCAUUCGUCUCCCAGAUAGCAGCUGCGGAGCCAUGGCCUGAAAAUGCCACCUUGUAUCAGCCUCUCCGAGAGGACCAGAUAUUACUGUCUGAUUGUGCAUCAUCACUUGCUGUACAGGCUUAUCUGAGGAUGUGUAAUCUGCCCGUUCAAGUGUCCUAUCGGCCAAACGCAGAGUACAUGUCCCCUUCUGGUAAAGUCCCCUUUGUACAUGUGGGAAACCAGGUGGUAUCAGAGUUGGGGCCCAUAGUUCAGUUCACCAAGGCAAAGGGUCAUUCUCUCAGUGAUGGUCUGGAUGACGUUCAGAGGGCAGAGAUGAAGGCAUACAUGGAGCUGGUCAACAACAUGCUGCUCACUGCUGAGUUAUAUAUCCAGUGGUGUGAUGAUAACACUGCUGCGGAGAUCUCCAGGCCCCGAUACAGCAGUCCAUAUUCCUGGCCCCUCAACCACAUCUUGGCCUAUCAGAAACAGUGGGAGGUUCGACGGAAAAUGACUGCCGUUGGCUGGGCAGGGAAGAAUCUUGAGCAGGUUUAUGAAGAUGUUAGCCAAUGCUGUCAAGCUCUUUCCCAGAGGCUGGGCACACAGCCAUACUUCUUCAAUAAGCAACCCACUGAGCUGGAUGCACUGGUGUUCGGCCACCUCUUCACCAUACUGACCACACGGCUCACCAGCGAUGAGCUGAGUGAGAAGGUCAAGAGCUACAGCAACCUGUUGGCUUUCUGCCGCCGCAUCGAGCAAAGCUACUUCGAGGACAGCCAGGCUGGCUCAUCAUCCAGAGGCUAUUCCAAAGGACCCUCACUGUUUUGAUACAAACCUCACAAAGCCACCUCAGUCACACACUUCCAUCGCAACCCUGUUUUAUCCCAUAAAACACUGUACCACUGCAUUCCCAGCCAUUCUCUUUCCACCUGUUUGCCUGUGAAUGCUAUAAACUAGAAGUAUGACUGUCCUGAAAGUACAGUCAUUGGUCUUUGAUGUACAAAGCAAUUGUGAUUUAUUUUUUUCCACAGUGUGCUGUUUUUUUUUCUGCUUUGAUAUUUGAAUGGAAAGUGCCUACAGAAUUACAGAUCAAUACUCCAAACUCUUUCUUUACUAUGUAUGGUUUCUACUUUUAAGUCUCUUACUGAGCGUACUUGAUAAACGUUAGUUUGUAAUCAACCUGAGAUAUACCAUGUUUGUGCUAUGCUUGUGAAAAACCUUGAUGAAAUCAAGGCUUAAAAAAUUAUUAAAUAGUGCAUGUUAUGUUCUA